GAUUGUCAGAGGGUAUAUUCAAUCAUCACUCUGAGUACUUGGUUAUAGAAAUAUAGUAUUACAUUUCUAUAUUUAUGGUGGGCAGGGCAUGUUUACUCUAGCACCUGUGAAAAGCAGGGUAAUUUGCAACUGUUAGCACCAAGUGAACGCUGGGGCAUGUAGAAAGAGUUGUCUGUUUUCAAGAGUGGUUUCUAUCAACUGCAGUGACUUCAGAGAGCCUUCUUUAUCCUUGACAUCCUCCUUUCCAUCUUGACAGCCUGGAGCACAAUCUUUGGAAUGAGAUGGAUAUGGGUUGAAAUUUCAAGUAGCCAUGUUCUUGGGACCACCGCGGAGCUUCCGGACCUGAUGCGGGCGCCCUGUCUUGGACUGUCCCACCUAGCUCUGCUGCUCCGGGUGCUCCCGCGCCCAGACUGGUUUCCGGGGAUUGUGACUUGCAGGGUCCGCCAUGGAGCCAGAGCAGAUGCUGGAGGGGCAGACGCAGGUUGCAGAAAACCCUCACUCUGAGUACGGUCUCACAGACAAUGUGGAGAGGAUAGUAGACAAUGAGAAGAUUAAUGCAGAAAAGUCAUCAAAACAGAAAGUGGAUCUCCAGUCUUUGCCAACUCGUGCCUACCUGGAUCAGACAGUUGUGCCUAUUUUAUUACAGGGCCUUGCUGUGCUUGCAAAAGAAAGACCACCAAAUCCCAUUGAAUUUCUAGCAUCAUAUCUUUUAAAAAACAAGGCACAGUUUGAAGAUCGAAACUGACUUAAUUGGGAAGAACAGAAAAAUUUGGUUUCUACUGUAGAUUUACAUGAUUAAGAGGCAGCUUUAAUUGCCAUGAUUCCUCCCCCCCCCCCCCCUUUUUGGAAAUAUAAGAACCUUCAGGACAACAGAACUUAUUUCCGGAAUUGCAGAAGAAAACAUAUUUCCCUUAUUUUGAUUUAAUUACCAUACUUAUUUAAUGAGUGUAUUCUGUGCAAUUUUUUUCUCAGAUUGUCUUUAACUUUGUUUUUAAAAUAACCUUCAAAAUAAACCAUUAAAGCGUCA